GCAGAGAGAAACUAAAAGAUGGAAGUAUUAAAACAAGCUUCAGUAGUAAGAGGAAGAAGCUUCCUCUGUGCUCCCCAACGCUCUCCCUUGCCCUUGAUUAAAACUCCUCUCUCCUCUCCUUCUCCAUUCCCAAACCCUUUCUCUUCCCUCCACUUCUCGACUUCUCUCCGAACAAGAAAUAACCCUAUCAGUCUCAGAUGCUCGCUCGACCACAAUAACGACUCCCACAACGGGGUGGUGUACCCUAGACCCACCGAAAUCCCAUGGAAGAAGGAGCUGUGCAACACCGUUCAACUUAUCGGCAUCGUCGCCGCUCCAGUCGAAAUCCGGCAUUUCAAUUCUGGCAAGGUACUAGCCUGGACUCGCAUCGGCGUCAAGAAAUCCACCUCUGAUACCUCCUGGGUCAGUGUAACAUUUUGGGAUGAGUUGGCACUUGUUGCUUUCCAGCAUGUAGAGAAAGGGCAGCGUAUAUAUGUUUCUGGGCGGUUGAUCUCAGACACUGUUGAAGCAGAUGAUGGAAAGCGGCAGACAUACUACAAGGUAGUUGUUCAGCAACUGAAUUUUGUUGAAAAUAGCCUCUCACAGGGUCUCUCAUUUGAGGGUGAUGCAAAUUCUACAAGAACAGAUGGAAAACUUGGAAAUUAUGUUCAUAAUGAUGUGAAUUCCACACAAGAACUUUGGCAAGCCUUUUUUGCUAAUCCAAUGGACUGGUGGGAUAAUAGGAAGAACAAGAGGAACCCGAAAUAUCCAGAUUUCAAGCACAAACAUACUGGAGAAGCUUUGUGGGUUGAAGCCAAGUAUAAUCCACCUUGGUUGAAGUCUCAACUGGCAAUUCUGGACUCUAGGAUGGAGGCUUUUCAAAAUUAUGAAGCAAAUAAACCUGCUGCUUUUGUGGCUGGCGAUGAUUUCACACCUUUCUAGCUAUUGGCUCUCUGCUGGAAGCUGGAUAUUUUUGUCUUGAGAUUCUAAAUUCUCCUUUUAUGUUUCUGAUUUCUUCAGAGCUGAUUUUGGAUGAUUUCUUACAGUCUUCUAGGUGUAGCCUGAUAAUUUUCUUAGUAUAUUUGGGACUCGUGAAUCUGUAUUACUUGCUGCCCCUGAAGCUUUUGCAUGUUGUUCAUUUGGCUUAUGGAAACUUUCUGAGCAUUCUGGUAAUUUUGCCCUCCUGAAUAUAGAACAAUAUGUCUUUUG